GAUUCUAUAAAAUAUACUGGGAUAGUUGAGGACUGUUGUUGUGAUUAUGAAACAGUUGACACUAUUAAUGGGGCUGUCCUGCAUCCUUUACUCCAAGAGCUUGUUACGACUCCCUUUUUCAGAUACUUUAAGGUUAAGCUGUGGUGUGACUGCCCUUUUUGGCCUGAUGAUGGGAUGUGUAAGUUACGAGAUUGCAGUGUAUGCGAAUGUUCAGAAAAUGAAUUUCCCGAAUCUUUUAGGAGACUGCCACUUCCAGCUGAUGAUCUGAAAUGUCAAGAGGGAAAACCAGAGGCAGCUGUUGACCGCACUCUCGACUCUAAGGUUUUCAGGGGAUGGAUAGAGGUAGAUAACCCUUGGACAAAUGAUGAUGAGACAGAUAAUGGUGAGAUGACAUAUGUCAAUCUCUUACUGAAUCCGGAACGUUAUACAGGUUACACUGGUCCCUCAGCCAGGCGAAUUUGGGAUGCUGUAUAUUCAGAGAAUUGCCCAAAAUAUGCAUCUGGUGAGAUUUGCCAGGAGAAAAAGGUUUUAUUCAAGCUAAUAUCUGGUCUCCACUCUUCAAUCUCGAUACACAUAGCUGCUGAUUACCUGCUUGAUGAAACUACAAACCUGUGGGGUACCAAUCCAGAUCUGAUGUAUGAUCGUGUUCUGCAAUAUCCUGAACGGGUCAGAAACUUGUAUUUUACUUACCUCUUCGUUCUCCGAGCUGUAACAAAAGCAAAAGAUUACUUGGAGCAGGCUGAGUAUGACACUGGUAAUCCUGAGGAAGACCUUAAAGCACAGUCCCUUAUGCGACAGCUAUUAUACAACCAAAAACUGCAAGCUGCAUGUCCAGUUCCGUUUGAUGAAGCUAAACUGUGGAAAGGCCAAAGUGGACCUGAGCUAAAGCAGCAGAUUCAAAAGCAAUUCAGGAAUAUCAGCGCUAUCAUGGAUUGUGUAGGAUGUGAGAAAUGUCGACUAUGGGGAAAGCUCCAGGUUCUUGGCCUUGGAACUGCUUUAAAGAUUCUCUUCUCAGUUGAUGGUGAAUCUCGGCAUGAUCAACAUCUGCAGUUGCAAAGAAAUGAAGUGAUUGCUCUGGUAAACCUCCUUAAUCGGCUUUCAGAAUCAAUCAAACUUGUACAGGAAAUGAGCCCGACAUUUGAGAAGUCAACGAAGAGGCUAAGUCUACAGCCAGCUGCUAAGCUAAUAAGCUCAUGGAAAAGACUAUGGGAAACAGUAGUAGGGGAUAGGUUGAGGAAGCUUACAUUGUAGCGGGCCAUUUCUAGACGAUUUUGGUGUAUAAUGAUGUAAAGAAUGAAUACAACUAAACUAUUGAAAGGUGAGAGACAUUGACAAGAUUUCUACAGCCGGAUAGCAUAUAGGGAUACACAGAUUUAUCGAGGGAUCAGUGUCUGAGAUUUAGAAAGACGGAAUCCAUUACUAGGUAACUGGAAGUUAAAAUUGUGUUACUUUAUCAUGUAACUUUAAUGGAUCCCUUUGAAAUGUUGUAACAUUAUUGCUGAUGUUAUAAAAUAAAGACAAAAUAUCAAAAUAUCAAA